CCGCUGUCUUCAGUUUGGUGGCGGGAAAAGGCCAUGAGUAAAAGCCGGGCCGAGGCUGCGGCCGGAGCCCCCGGGAUCAUCCUGAGGUACCUGCAGGAACAAAACCGGCCCUACAGCGCGCAGGACGUAUUCGGAAACCUACAGAAGGAACAUGGACUGGGCAAGGCGGCGGUGGUGAAGGCUCUGGAUCAGUUGGCCCAGGAAGGCAAGAUCAAAGAGAAGACGUACGGCAAGCAGAAAAUUUAUUUUGCCGAUCAGGACCAGUUUGACGCAGUGAGUGAUGCUGACCUCCACAGCCUGGAUGCCAAAAUUGCAGCCCUCACUGCCAAGGUGCAGAGCUUACAGCAAAGCUGCCGCCACAUGGAGGCUGAGCUGAAGGAAUUGACAAAUGCACUGACCACUCCUGAGAUGCAGAAAGAGAUCCAGGAGUUAAAGAGUGAAUGUGCUCGUUAUACAGAGAGGCUAAAGAACAUCAAAGCAGCCACCAACCAUAUCACUCCAGAAGAGAAAGAGGAGGUGAGCGGGGAGGCUGGAGGCUGCCUGUGCAGGUCUGGAGUGAACAUGAGGUGCACAGACGGCCGUGGUUCUUCCUUGCAGGUGUACAAAAACAGACAGAAGUAUUGUAAAGAGUGGAGGAAGAGAAAGAGAAUGACCACCGAGCUGUGUGAUGCCAUCCUUGAAGGAUACCCCAAGAGCAAGAAACAGUUCUUUGUAAGUGACACUUGCUCUUACUCCCCUGGGAUCUUUGCCCAGAGGACUCCUUCAUUCCUUUCCUUGCCCCACAGGAGGAAGUCGGGAUAGAGACAGAUGAAGAUCAUAAUGUCACACUCCCAGACCCUUGAGGGGCCCUUGGUGGAGUCUGGGAGCAGAUGUCCCGGGCUAGCUGCCUUGUUUAGGUGGCCUUAUUAUUUUUGCUGGUCUUCACCUUUGAGUGGUGGGGAGGGAAGUACAAAGCUGGUAAUCAGAAAGAGAUGCUCAUGUCCAUUUUGUUGUCUGUAUUACAGAGGCCUCCGCAAGGACUUAGAACAAUCCUAAGGGAAAUUAUCUAGAAUAUUUAUUGCAAUAUAAUUUGAUAUAAAAA